AUGCGCCAGGAGAUAGAGUUUAUCGAUGAAGUGGAUUCAAAAAACGAUGCCAGUAUUCAAAUUCUCGAUGGAUCAUCUAACGUUGAAGUCAUUGCUUUAUCAGAAUCAGUGGACCAAGAUGAGGUUAAAAGGUCAGCACAUGGCGAACAUACAAUACCAUCCUCGCCAGAGAACAACCCUCUUAGUCUGAAUGAUAUUGAGAUUAUUGAACCAAACAAAUCUAUAGAACUUUCUGCGCCGUUUUAUCAGGAUAUUAGCACAAGUAAACUGGAUGACUGUGUCAUGGACUCGUCGUUAAAAGAUGAAGAUCACACAGGAGGGAAGACUAAAAGACUUUUGGAUGAUCUCAUAAAUGACGAGUGGUCAGCCGAUGUCGAGUCGAGUGAAAGGAAACAAAGCAAACAUCAGUUCAACUUGAAAAACGUUGCAGAGAAAUGGGGAGUACAGCCUUGCAAAAAUUCCGGAUCAGUUGUUAUCGGUCAUGAAUAUAGAGAAAUCCCUGUUGUCCAAACUAAUAACGGUGAUAUCGAUAGCCAAAAAUCACAGGUGGAAGCAGCCAAUAUAUUAUUUGACUUCCCAUUGUCUCCAGUAAACUACGAUAGCCCAUCAAAAGAAAAGCCGUCAUCGACUGCGAACCACACUUCUCUACCAGACCGUUAUGUAGAAGCAUUGGCAGAAGGCAAUCAAGAUGGCGUUCUGAAGGUCACACAAAAUAGUGUACACCAAAAAGAUGAAGGCCAGUUGAGAUAUAUUCCAAAAAAGAAGAAAAGAACCAUCGCGUUAUCAAGAACACAAACCAAAAACGUUAAAUCACCUGAUACAGUGGAAUUGAACCUAUCUAAAUUCCUUGAUGACUCAGAUAAUUGCAGUGUUGAUAUUCUUUCAACGCCUACAAAAAAGUUGAAUAUACUAAGGACAUGUAGUCAACCAAUUAUAGGCAAUUCUGACCGUUCGCAAGAAGCCAAACGCUCGAAAACUUUAGCAACUGAAAACGUCAAAAGCGUCAAAAGCACUGCCAGAGAAAUUUCUCAGCUGGAAAAUUAUAUAACUUAUGGCCAGUAUUACUCCAGAGAAGAAUCAAGAAGCAAAAUACGACAUCUAUUAACGGAGAAUAAGAACGCGUUUAAACAGGUCAAUCAGAUAUAUCGUGAUAAUGUAAAAGCGCGCUCUCAAAUAAUUAUAGAGCUUUCACCGAACCUUUUUCAGUUGUUUCAAAAGAUCGAGAGUAAUCUGCAACAACAAGUGGCACCGGCGAUUAUCCAACCGAGUUAUGACGAUUCUAUACCUCUCAUAAGGUUUCUUCGGAAGUGCGACAGUAUUUACGACUUUAGUAACGACUUCUACUACCCUUGUGAUCCUAAAAUUGUAGAAGAAAAUGUUUCUAUUCUAUAUUACGAUGCGCAGGAAUUUUUUGAACAAUAUACAUCACAGAAGAAGGAAUUGUAUAGGAAGAUACGUUUUUUUUCAAAGAAUGGAAAACAUGUGAUACUUGUAUUAAGUGAUUUGAAUAAACUAAAGAGGGCCAUUUUCCAAUUAGAAGAUAAAAGAUAUAAAGCUAGGGUAGAACAACGAUUAUCAGGAACCGAAGAAGCACUAAGGCCUAAAAGCAAAAAAUCAAAUCAGGUUGGAGAACUAGGGAUAAAGAAAUUCGAUUUAGAACAACGGCUUCGCUUCAUUGAUAGAGAAUGGAAUGUUAAAAUUCAUACUGCGAACUCACACAUGGAGUUUAUUAAUUCCUUACCGAAUUUGGUUUCAUUGGUUGGUAAACAACGUAUGGACCCCGCAAUUAGAUAUAUGAAAUACGCCCAUUUGAACGUCAAAUCCGCGCAGGAUGGUAGAGACACGUUGAGAAAAACCUUCCAUCAAAUUGGGAGGAUGCCUGAGUUGAAAGCCAAUAAUGCUGUGGGUUUGUAUCCCAGUUUCCAAUCACUAUUCGAAGAUAUGCAAAAGGGGCGAUUACAGUCUGAUAAUGAAGGAAAGUAUUUGAUGACUGAAGCGAUAGAGAGAAGACUCUACAAAUUGUUUACUAGUACUGACCCCAAUGGUGUUAUCGAAUAA